UUCCACAGGUUGCCUGGGCGCUGGCCAAGCGUCGGGGGCACUGUCCAUGGCUGCCCCCGCCAAACCUGACGCCCCUUGUGCUCCCAAUGCCACCUGUCCCUCGGGCGGGCAUCGCCUCCGCCGGCAGGCCUCCACCAGCCCGCCGCCCACGACCAGCCCGCCGCCCACGACCAGUCCCUCGCCCACGGCCAGCCCGCCGCCCACGACCAGCCCCCAGCCCAGGACCAGCCCGCCGCCCACGGCCAGCCCGCCGCCCACGACCACACCACAGGCCAAGACGACCCUGCAGUACAGUGCUUCUAAAGCUGCUGACGACGACUUACUUCCUGCCUGUGGCUUCUCCUAUGAGUUGGACCCCACCCUCAGGGAUCCGGAGGCCAUGGCUCGGCGGUGGCCAUGGAUGGUCAGUGUGCGGGCCAAUGGCAUACACGUCUGUGCAGGCACCCUCAUUGCCUCCCACUGGGUGCUGACCGUGGCCCACUGCAUGACCCAGAGUGAUGUUACCUACUCAGUGCGGGCGGGAAGUCCGCAGAUUGACCAGGUAUCGAAAACUACUGUCGACGUGCUGGCACAGCAGGUCAUCAUGAACCGCCAUUACCGGUCCCAUCGGUACUGGUCCUGGAUUGGCCGGGCCAAUGACAUUGCCCUCCUUAAGCUUGAGCGACCACUCAAGUACAACAAGUAUGUCUGGCCCAUCUGCCUGCCCGGCUUGGACUAUGAGGUGAAGGACCACACCCUCUGCACCGUGACAGGCUGGGGACUCCCCAGGCUUGACGGUGUAUGGCCCCAGUUCCGGACCAUUCAGGAGAAGGAAGUCACCAUCCUGAACAGCACAGAGUGUGACAGCCUCUACCACAGGUUCUCCAAAAUCCCCUCUCUGAUUCAGAUCAUCAACUCCCAGAUGAUUUGUGCAAAGGACGUCGACAGGGAGCAGUUCUGCUAUGAAUUAAGUGGUGAGCCCUUGGCCUGUCCUGUGGAGAGAAUAUGGUACCUGGUGGGAAUGGUGAGCUGGGGCCCAGGCUGCAAGAAGAGUGAGUUCCCGCCCGUCUAUCUACACAUCUCCUCCUACCAGCAGUGGAUCUGGGAGCGCCUCAAUGGGCAGACUCUGCCAGCCCCGUCCAGGGUCCUACUCGUGGCACUCUUGCUGCCCCUCAGCCUCCUUGCUGUCCUCUGACACUCUCUUUCUGUUCCUGGGUGAGCCCCCCCUUGCCGAGGCCCCUCCUCACCCUCUGUGUCCAGACUGCCACAGGUGCAGCUCUCACAGCCCCACAAGGCAGGGUGGAGAGUAGGUGCUCGAUUAAACACUUCUCUUCCCCAUGCCUCCUCCUUCCUGGGCCUCGGAGGCCCCUCGUUCCCUGGUCCUGCUCAAGUGGGAGAUGAGAGAACUGGAUGGCUAGGAUGGGUGACUCAGGCAGUUUAUACUGAAAAGUGUAGAGUCCCAGGGUCUGCCUCCAAAGGUCCAGGGUGGCUCCAGCAGAAGGUGGAGGGAGUGUGUAGGGAUGAUAUUGGGGUCAGAUGAUGGAGGGCCUCGAAUGUACUGCCCAGGCUGAAGCUGGGGCUGCCAGGACACAGCAUGAGGCUUGGGGUGAGCGUGCAGCUCUGUCUG